AUGGACAGCAGAAUGAUUUGGUUUGGAAAGAACCGAAAAAGAAUUGGGGAAGUCCGGAAGCGACGUGGAUUUCCUGUGAAGAAUAAAAGUAUUAUAACGACGGAUAUCAACGAUAUUUACAAGUCAAUUGAUGAACGAGCUGUAAAGCCACAGAACGAGCACAUCGAGCUACACAGAAAACGUCACGGACGUCGUCUCGAUUAUGAGGAGAGACAGCGCAAAAAGCUGGCUCGUGCCGCCCACGACCGCUCUCAAAUGGCGAAGACGUUGCGUGGACACAAGGCGAAGCUGUACCAUAAGAAGAGAUACUCUGAGAAAGUGGAGAUGCGUAAACUUCUGAAGCAACAUGAGGAAAAAGAGCAAAAGAACACAGUGGAGCAGCCGGAUAAGGGCGCUGUGCCAGCAUAUCUUCUCGACAGACAGCAGCAGACUACAGGAACAGUUCUAUCGAAUAUGAUUAAGCAGAAGAGAAAGCAAAAGGCCGGCAAAUUUAAUGUUCCGAUUCCCCAGGUCCGCGCAGUCAGUGAUGCCGAGGCAUUUAAAGUGGUGAAAACGGGAAAAACGAAUCGAAAAGGAUGGAAGAGAAUGGUCACGAAAGUCACAUUCGUCGGCGAAUCGUUCACAAGAAAACCAGCAAAAUUCGAACGAUUCAUUCGUCCUAUGGGUCUUCGUUUCAAGAAAGCACACGUCACUCAUCCGGAACUGCAGACGACGUUCCAUCUUCCAAUUGUUGGUGUGAAGAAGAAUCCAUCGAGUCAGAUGUACACGUCUUUGGGGGUUAUUACGAAGGGAACUAUAAUUGAAGUCAACGUUUCCGAGUUGGGAAUGGUUACACAAGGCGGAAAGGUUGUCUGGGGAAAAUUCGCCCAAGUGACGAACAAUCCAGAGAACGACGGAUGCAUCAACGCUGUUCUCCUCAUCUAA